GAUUUCAACAUGGCGUCCGAAGUACAACAGAUGAAUAAUACAAGCUAACAAGCUGGUGUCACUUAGCUGGUAGACACGAGUCUAACAAUUUCCCGUUGUACUAUGCAGGAAAUUAAACAGUCAGUAUUACGAACAAAAAGCAGAAAAAACAAAUAAUGGAAACGCGGGGCAUAGAGCAGAUGUUUGACUUCCAGAGGUUGCCAAAUGAUGGACUGGUACUGUUGCUGUUGCUGCUGUACUCACCUGUUGGUCUCUGUUUGAUGUUGUUACGAAUAUUUAUUGGCGUCCAUGUAUUCUUAGUGAGCUGUGCACUUCCUGACAGUCUGAUUAGAAGAUUCAUUGUCAGGAUUAUGUGCUCUGUGCUUGGUAUGCAUGUGAGACAGAACAGUCCUCGCUCGAGGGACAAGAAUGUGAAGCUGUACAUCUGUAACCAUGUUACUCAGUUUGACCACAACAUUAUAAACCUCCUUACAUCAUGCAACACACCCUUGCUGGAGGGCCCUGCAGGUUUCGUGUGCUGGGCGCGGGGCUUCAUGGAGCUGGGGGGUGGGGCGGAGAGUCGGGUGGAGCUGGCCGGGACUCUCCAGAGGUACUGCUCCAUCCCCGGGGCUCCACCACUGCUGCUCUUCCCCGAGGAAGACACCACCAACGGCCGAGCAGGGCUCCUCAAAUUCAGUUCGUGGUCUUUCUCUGUGACUGACUCAGUCCAGCCUGUGGCCCUGCUGGUGCAGCGGCCCUUCCUAGCUGUGACUACGCCUGAUUCAUCUUGGCUGACAGAAUUGCUGUGGACAUUUUUUGUUCCGUUCACAGUGUACCAUGUAAGAUGGCUUCCACCCAUAUCCAGACAGGAGGGGGACUCGCAUCAAGACUUUGCUAACAAGGUCCAAGAGUUUCUCGCCACUGAGCUUGGCGUGGUGUCGACGCAGAUCACUAAAGCAGACAAAGCGGAGCACAUCAAAAGGAAACGACACACCGCAGCACAGACAGCGAGCACCAAUCUGGGUGCCCGACCCCGGACAGUCCCACGAGGUUUCAUGUCUGCCAGCUUGGGGGUGGAGGACCCCAGGAUCGUCAGGAUGGCCCAGCAGGUGAAGGACGUCCUCCCCGACGUUCCCCUCAGCGUCAUCACCACAGAUUUGUUGCAGACGAACUGCGUGGACACCACCAUAACCAACCUCUUAGAGAGAACCGAGGAGUAUCCCCCAGAGGCGCAGAGCGGUUCUUCAUCUGACUCUCUACGGCAACUUCCUACAUCCCCUUCCUCCUCCUCCUCUCAUGCUGCUGCACUAGCACCCAUCCCGACCAUCAAGCCAGCUGCCAAAUCUUUUGGAAGAUGUCCAAUUGACAGACACAUGUCCUUACAAGAGAGAAAAGAGGCCUUGUAUGAAUAUGCCAGACGGCGUUACACUGAGAAACAUGGGUUGAAUCAGGAGGAGAACCUUUGAAUGAGGUUUUUUUUUUUCUUUGAAGAUUUGGUAUAUGAGGAGAGCCACUUGAUGGACAAGAGAAGUAGUCAUUAUGGUGAAAACGGGACACGACACAGGCUGAAUGAAAACAUUUUUGAUUACCAUGCGUGGUCAGGAGAAUACGAGGCUGUGGAGAUCUCGGCAGAUUUUGUUUUUUAUUCUCUUGCAUGGCAAUCAUGCAUGUCUUUUUAAUUAUUUCUCUCUGCAAGAAGAAGAAAAUAGAUUAUUUUGGUAUCAAUUUGUAUCAAGUCCCAGUGACCGUGACACAUCUCAUAUUAUUUUUAUAAAGUCCAGAAAUGGAAAUUUAACAAAGCAAAGGUUCAGUUUUGUGUGGUUUGAGCUAUGACACGGUUGAGGUUCAUUAUGUUCUGAGGACUCUUUGUCGAUGCAGCAUCAGCUUUUAAGGACAUUAAAAUCAUUUCUUGAUGCAAUGUGACUGGCCUCUUGGUGAUGUUUGAGGACACCUUUGAGGCUUUCAUUAAAAUAAAUGUCUGCUAAAGUGGGUUAAUAAAGAAAUAUGCAAUUGCA